GCAGCGGCCAAGCUGAUUUGAGGCAGCCUCCAGCCCUCCGCUGGCCACCCGGCGAAGCUGCUGUGGUCGCUGCCCACUCGUCGUGCGCCGCGGCGCAGCGCUGCCCCGCGCCGCCCGCGCCACCAGCCACCCCAUAUAUCAGACAUCAUGGCCUAGCGCCGACGCGAUCCGCUAACGCCGCCGCCGCGACGCACGCACCAUGCCCUCCGUCGUCUUGACGCGGCCCGGCGUCGCCUUCACCGACGCCAAGUCGAAGCCCGACGAGCAAUUACUGCUCAAGAGCGCGAAGACGCCGGGAACGGGCGGCCGGUUCGGGACACCUAAGAGCCCGCCCUUUCCAGUAAAUGAAGACGAGGACGAAACAGCUUUGGUACCCUACGGCGAGUCCAUAGCGGUCGGCACGGAAGCUACACGAAGUUAUGGAGGGCCCGAGGCCGUGUUUGCGAUGUUGUAUACCGCUCGCUCCGAAGCGGCAAGGACGUGCGCCGACCAGCGGCAGAAAGACAUGCAGCGGUCCGCCUUCGACGGCACGCUGCGGUUCGGCCUCGCUCCCAAAAUCGGCGCCGCGCUCAAUGAUCAGGAGACGCGCGACGCGCUCUUCGAAGCCUGUGGUCGUAAUUGGAGAGAGUGUCUCGAGAGACCGGAAGAUCAAGUAGGCAGGAUCCGGGCCCUCUGGCUCCAGGGCACGCGCGGCGACUGCGACGAGCCGGAACCGACGGACCUCAAGAGACGACUGUUGUGGCGGCCGUGGUUUGAGUUAAUGGGUCUCGGCCGGAGCGAGGCGCGCGUGCGCUUCAUCCGGGAGCUCCACAAGGUCGACCCGGACCUCGUGGUCCCGAAGCUGCCGGGCCGGCCGCCGCCCGGGUUCCCGCGCAUGGCCAUAGGAGGGCAUCCCAUCUGCGCGCGCUGCAAUUCCAGAAGAGGCUGCGACGAGUCGCUCUGUUUCACGACGACGGACGGAGAAGUCAUCACGCUGGAGUACGCGCUGAGCGACCCCCGGACGCUCCGAGACGAAGAACGGACCCACGCUCUGCUGGACGCGGCGCUAGCUGCACCUAGAUGUAAAUAUGGCUUCCACGAGAAGGUGGGCAGCGGCACGGCCUUCCAGUCCUACUUCGGGCUGCCGGGGCUGGGCGGGUUCCAGACGUAUCGCGACAUUGAUGACAGAACUGGUAGAACGGCCGCCUUCGAAGGCGUGGCGGCCGCAUAUGAUGGCGCCCUCGUGCGGGAGCACGUCGCGCAUACUUGGUUGGAGAAUCAAUUGGAGAAGUUACAAGGUGUGCAGCGCGAGGCGUGCCGGGCCGCGCGCGACGAGCAGGCGGAGCUCAUUGUUAAUUUGCGCCAGCACUACAAGCGCUGGACGGGACGAGCUUUUAGGAUGAGAGCAGCCUGCCAGAAGUACGACGUGCCCCAGUGUAACAGAAGGCGAGAUAUAAUCGACGGCGGGCGCAAUCACUAUCACUUCCUCGCGGGCGACGACUUGCCUGGUCGAGCAUCGGUAGAGUACGAAGCUACUUACAGAGGUGUCGCGGAAACGAGACGAGGCGCGCGGCGCAUGGGCGUGCCCGUCGAGACGGGUCUCGUCGUGAAAUACGUCUGACUCAGCGUCCGUUUCCUUCAAUUUCUCAACUUGAACUUCGCGUCGAUGGCGUCAACGCGACGCGAUGCCACCGUGACGCCAUCGAGGUGGCCGUAUGAGAGUCUACGCGCCUCGUGAAUGUCGUUCGACGCAGGUCGACGAGGACUCGCCGUUUCUUUCCGAACAAUUACAAGGACCGAACCUGGCGAUAGCGCGGCGGGCCGACGUCCUGUCCGAGCAGAUCGCCGUCGAGCACCGGAAGUACUCCCAGAAGAACGAGGCGCGGGACUCGAUCGCUCGUCGAGCGAGGUUGAAGGCGUCGCGGCGCGAUUUGGUGUCCAAAGCUGCUUUUAAAGAAGCGGCGGCGUCGUUGCAGCGCGCGAUCAUCGCCCGGGACCUAGAAGCUUGUGUGUGUCUCUGUAGGGGAGGCGGUCCUUCGUCGAACGCUGAGACGGCUGGCGGGAUCACCGCGCUUGGAGCUUGUGUCUUGCAACAGGACCGAGACGCCUGUUCGUCGCUGCAGAAGGAAGGCAUUGACUUGGAUUACCCGGCGCGCGCGACUGGAUUAUCCGCGCUGGCGUUGGCGUGCAAGCGCGGAGAUCCCGUGAUGGUGCACCACCUGCUCGACUUGGGAGCUUCGGCGCUCAUGCCCUUCGCCCACAAGAAGUGCGGGAGUCUUCAGAAGACGAAGGAUGAUUAUGUUCCGCUCUUCGAGCGCGAGACGCAGGAGGAGUACGAGGCGCGACGAGUCGUGUUGCCACCACUGGUGGCUGCUGCCUCUGCUGCACAAUUACACUGUAUAGAUGUAAUGGUGGAAGAAACGGAGCGGGAGCACGGCCCCGAGACGGUGCAACGACUGCUCGACCAACCUUACGGCCCGGACAAUUAUACGGCACUUCAUCUCGCGGUGACGCGGCGAGACCUGCGGACCUGUGUUCAUCUCGUGAAGAAAGGCGCAAGGACCGAAGUCGGCGACGCGCGAGGUGUGUCCCCUUCGGAACUCGCGAUCCACAUGCAGCAGCCUAGACUAGGAGACUAUCUGCGGCGAGUGCGACGAGUGGGCCGCGAGGUCGUCUCGACGAGAAAGGACCAAGACCUCGAACGAGCAGCACUACUACAGUACGCUCGACUGGAGCGAGCCAUAGAAACGGGCCAGGGCGUCAUCGAGGACAAAAACACAUCUCUCAGUGUCAUCCGAGGAGGAGAUUGCGCGCCAGACCAAGAAACCCGAACAGGGACCACAGCUUUAUUUGUGGCCUGCCACGCGGGCGACGCGAAGCUCGUGCACAACUGUGUGGAAAUCAACCGGUGCGUCGGGUGCUCGACGAUUCUUCACUAAGUCAUUUCUCGGCGAUGACGCGGCCGUCCUGGCUCGGUCGAGCGGCGAGGAACCGGCAUCGCCACGCCAUCGAGCAGGCGUCGCGUCGAUGGCGUGGAGGGCGACGCGGCGAUCCAGCACGAACGCGCCGUAAAAUUUUGAUUUCCACACAGGUCCACAAUCUAUGCCUAGCCGGCUGCGACCCGAACUAUCAAAAUAAAAACAUGCGGACGGCGCUGAUGGCCGCGGCAGAUGUCACGGACCUCGACUGCGUCCUCGCGUUGUUACGACAUGGCGCCGACGCGUCUUUAAGGGAUGUGGCCUGUUCGAACGCUGGAGGGUUCGCCCUCAAAAGGGGCAGUGGACCUACGACCGACAUCGGCGUCGUAUUGCUCGCGGCGCGCGACCGGGGCCCGGCGAACGCCAUCGACGCCUACGAGGCCCUCGACGCCUACCGACGCACGAAGAAGUACCUACAGUCACUAAAAGUGACGAAGGCCCUGCUCGAGGUCGACGUUGAUACGAAGGACCCCCGUCAGAUGAGUCUCAAUGAUGUGUUGAACAGCCCGGAGCGGGCCGACGGCGACACUACUUGGCGAUGGAGGCUUAAACCAAGAGAGAUACCAGUAGCGUUUCUUGGGUCUGGGGAUCUACCUGACAGAGGAGUAUAUAAAAUGGACGACGUUUCUGAGUCUACAAGACAGUCUCUUGAAUCAUUGGAGCCGGUGCAGACGAUACCGCGACGGUCGGUGUCGCGGUCGCGACGGAGGCGGGGCAGCAAUUUCGUGGAGAAGCAGGAGCUGGCCGCGCAACGGCGCCAGAAGGACCGCGACGACGCGCGCGACGCCGCCGACGCGGCCAUGGCGUACCUGCAGUCGCUACGCGACCCGCUCGGCGACCUCAAAGGCUCUUAUCGCGCGAAGUACGGCGACGCGUCGACGCGCUUCAUGGUCCGCGGCGAGUUAAAGGAGGCCAGGGAGCACUCCACCCAGCGCUACAAGGGCAUGUCCCUGGUCAUCAGGGAGUCCUCGUCUUCUGACUACUCGUCGAGUGAUGAGGACACCGCGUGCGCACCAGCGCCGGCGCCCGCGCCCGCGCCGGCACCUGCGGCAGCCCCGGCGCCCGCGCGCCUGCCCUCACCUGUCAGACGUCGACGCCCGGAGACGCCGGAGGGUCCGAGUCCAGCCACACCGAAGGAGCGGUGGUUCGACGCGGCGCGGCUCGAGGACGACGUCCUGCAGCGCUUCCUCGACGGCGAUGACGACGCCCGAGAUGCGAGGGACGCGCGCGACGACUUAUCGUCGGACGACGAGGACGACGUGUACGGCGAAGACACGGAGGUCGAGUUACGGCGGGGCGAGCGGCGCCACCGCGACGCGUUUCGCAGACAAAUGCAACAGCAACGGAGGCGAGGCUAUCAAUCAAAGUAUAGAGCACCGGACGGCCUGGCCGACCCCUGGGAGGACGCGCGGGGCCACGAGCACUUCGGGAUCGAUGUGGAGGCGUGGCGCGAGAACUUGGAGCGAUUACGUCGUAUUGUGGACGACGACAACGAGUUCGCGGGCGACGAGGCCCUGCCGCCGGACCCGCCGGAACUGGAAUUUGCGAAGUAUAAAUGCCGACGGAAGGAGUUUGGCGAGGCGGCUGUUACGUUAAGACGACUACUGGCCAAACAAAAACGCGUUUUCAGGAGGGAGAAUAGAAGAGCCCUGGAGGGCCCGUCCGAAAGGGAGUUGCGCAUGACGGAGGAGCAGCGAGCAAAGUUCUUCAAGCCUAGGCAUAAACGGUCCCGAGAUGCCCUCGAAGUCCAAGUGUCGAGAACGUUAGUUGCUCUCGCGGACGUCGAGGUCGAAAGGGGCAGGCCCCACGUCGCGCUGUACCUUCGCAAGAGGUCGCUGGCGACGCAUCUGCGAGUAUUGGGUCCACCUUUAGUCAAGGGAAAACGCUCUCGAGACUUGGAUAAACAACUCGCUGCUACGGCGGAGCUAUUGCAAUUGUUAGGUUCGGACGCGAUGGCUGCUGCUCUAUACGGUGAUCUACACCGAAGAUAUGCUAGAUCCAAAGUCGAAGAACGUAGAAACUUCGCGCAUCGCAUGCUGGAAAGAGCGGAAGCUAUCCUGCCAGACUACGAGACAGCACUACGUAGAACCCCUCGCGACGACCCGUCGCAUCUCCUAGACGACGGCGUGCUACCGUCAUCCCAACGGAAUAAACUGAGAGAGAUCCUCGACGCGCGCGACGACAUUACCAUAGAAUCCGGGGAGUCGAAAGAUGAAUUGCAGCAGAUGGUCGACAAGUACUCCUAGUAAGC